GUGUCAAUAAUGCACCACUUUUCACGCGGCCCAGCUCCGACACACCGACCGACCAACCGACACGCAAUCGGUCGACCUUGUACAGGGUCGCCACUUUCUUGGUUUCUAGCUCCAGUCAGCUGCAACACCUGAAUGCACACACGCUCGUUUUGUGAAAGCUUUAACCAAUUGAUAUCGCGCACUACUGGUGAACCUUCUGCUGUUACGGCCCUUCGGCACGAUGUCUUCUUCGACACACCGUCUUUCAAUGUUGCUGCCUCCCGUGUACCAAGACCUUCGAAGAAGUUAUGCGCACGCAUCGGCAACAUAACUACUGCCGAAAGGCGAACGAAACUCCCUCCCGGCUUGCACGGUUAUUUUCCGGCGUGCCGUGGGGACUCCACCACCACUCGCUCACACUCUGACGACGGUAAAGUAGGUCAACUUCAGCCAAAAAACAUAUGAUACGGUGAAGGCAAGAUUC